AAGAGAGGAGACAAUAUGCUUCUCAAACUGUGGAAAGCACCACUGGUGUUACAUGGCUGGGCUUCAUUGCUAUUUAUUAACUGAAAUGUACAGCUAAUAAACAUCGACAGCCAAAAAAAUUUGUUUAAGCACAUUAAUCUUUGCUUUAAUAGAAGCUAUUCAAGUAUUCAAAAAAUCUCCAUAAAAAAAGUACAUUUUCUUAAAAACAGAAAACAUCUUAAACUCAAGUGGACGAGGUUACACCAGGAACAAGGACUUUUGGCUGCAUAUGCUGCGCUCCAUUUACCUCUGAAGUCAGAAGCUGGAUUUCAGAAGGACAUCAAUCCUAACUUUACCUUGUUACAGUCUUAACUUCAAAAACCAUUUAGAUUUGUUACUUCAUAUACUCAAUGGCCAGUCGAGCUGCCACAAACAAUGCAGUGAAACAACAAAUCAUUUCUUUACAUUUUGUGUAUCCAAAAACAGCACUUUGUAUGUGUGUGUGUGUGUCAAAGAUUUAAACAUUUACAAGUUUUCAGAAGUGCAAAUAACCCUUUUUUACUGCAACUUCCAUAAAUGCAGUCAUAUAGAAAUUAAAGACCGGGGUUGGUGAGAGACCUCAGACUAUCUCACUUGGAAUUUUGGGAAUUCAAACUUUGACAUUUCAACUUGUGAGUAAAAACAGAAUGUUUAGGAAAAGACCAAGUUCUGUUGCAAUUGGCAAAAGUGGGGUGGUAGAACCUAUUUCCAGCCAGUGUCAAUAUGAUUAAAAUCAGUUUUGCUAAACUGAAUUGUUUCUGAUCAAUUACCCCCGCCCCCGAAAUAUAUUACUCAAAUUGCAGCCUAAAUGUUUGUCAAAAGUCUAACAACAGACUAAACUGUGACAAUAUCUGCCAAGAUAUAAAACAUCAUGUAAGAAAAGGAAAUCUGAAUGAUCAGAAUUGUACUGCAUAAAAUUGACAAUUUAGAUAAUAAAUUUAGAUAAUAAAUCAGCAUUUCAGAAUAUAUGGCAUAUAAUAAAUAAGGUUUUGUGAAAAGUGUUCUCCUCUUCUUGUAUUUUGUGGUAUGCUGUUGUGCUUUCAGCUCAAAGCCACCCUGCAAAACCCUUUAAGAGAAGAGAACAAAACCCUAAUGAGGAGCUGGAUGAGAUCAAUCAGGAUGGAGGGGCGAGUGCAGGGGUAUGGCUCUAACUGCUUGAUUCUCUUUACCGCACAAACACAUCUGAGGACAGCCUAUCAAGUUUUAUUCGUGGCUCUAUCUAGGCCUCAGUCAAAUUAACAAUGAUUUUUUUUUUUUCUGUCAAGUCCUAUUUUUCAGAAUUUAAUUUCUGCCACAAUCAAAACUUUCAGAAAUGUGUGUCUCGUCAUUACACUGUUUACCAUUUUAAAUUCAUGUUUUAGGUUAAAAGUGGAGCACGUUUUAAAAUGAUUUUUCUUGGUCUCAUCACAAAAACCUGCAGUUUAGCAGAUUUGGACCACUCUUUUCCACUAACAGUCGCUGCUUGAUGCUAACUGCUAGUUAAUUAAGUCAUUUUUACCAGCUUUCCUUAUAAAUGGCCCAACACUGGUUUCAUCAGUAUAUCUGUGGAGUCAUCCUUCAACUCUAGCUCCUACUGACUCCUCUCCUCCUUUCAGUGGCUCUAUAGAUUUUCUCCAAAUGAUAAAUUGGACAAAGGGAGCCACUGAGGUGUGACCUUUUGUCUUAAAUGGACCUAAUUACGUUGAAGUUGUUUGGAUAAGCCCUUAUCACAUAUUGUAGGAUGGAGCUUUGAAAUAAUCAAUUGGAAAAGUGAUACAUGUAAGAUAAACAUCUCGUUUUACUCCACAGCCAAAGAGCAAAACAACUUUCCGCCUCUCAAAGUUUCAAAGUUGUGUCAGCGUUUGUAUGUUGUUGAUCGUCUCCCAUUUGAUUGAAGAAACGCAUAGACUCUUUCCCAUCCAUCACCUCCACCCCUCCCCUCACUCUUCAAUUCCAGAAAGGAGUAGCGCUUCAUUUCGAGCCCAUUUUCUGUGUUGCUCCGCGCUUUAAGCAGAAACUUGCAGAAAGCUGCAGACUUCACGUCCUCGUUUCCACGAAAGUCUUCUGAAGAAGGUGGAAAUGCACCGGCUGGAUCGAUCCUGCAAGGCGUAAAAGUUUUGGAUGGUUACUUGUACGUGUCGUUUAAAAGACUUUUUCCAUCUCCAGAGGUUGCGGUGCAAUUCCAGAGCGGGUUCAAUUCUUUCUUCUGCAAAUAUAUCGCCCGUAAGCAGGCUGGAAGACCAUCCAAUCGGUAGAACGCCGCGAAUACGCAGGGCGCAGAUGAUCGCAACUGGUGUUUGCGGCGUGGCGCUGGUUCUGGUGCUGGUGGUGCUGAUUCCGGUUAUGGUGAACUCCGCCGGAAACCCUGCCCGCUACGAGAUGCUCGGAUCGUGUCAAAUGGUGUGCGAUUCCCACGGGACCGCGACGGCAGCCACAGCGAAGGCAACCAACCCGAACAAAGACAACCGCCUGGUGCAGUCGCUCCCGACGUUCAUCCAGGGUCCCCAGGGAGAGCCGGGGCGCGUCGGUAGGAUGGGCCCCAGGGGUCCGGUCGGUGAGCCAGGACCACUGGGACCGGCGGGUCCACCCGGUGAGAGAGGACCACCGGGUCCACCUGGGUUACCAGGAGCGAGUGGACCAACCGGUGCCAUCAGCGCAGCCACUUACAACACGGUGCCAAAGAUAGCGUUUUACGCCGGGCUGAAGAAGCAGCAUGAGGGCUAUGAAGUUUUAAAAUUUGACGACGUAGUCACAAAUCUUGGCAACCAUUAUGACCCAUCAACCGGAAAAUUCACCUGUUCCAUACCCGGAAUUUACUUCUUCGUUUACCAUGUGCUGAUGCGAGGCGGGGAUGGAACAAGCAUGUGGGCUGACCUCUGCAAAAACAACCAGGUGAGAGCCAGCGCCAUCGCGCAGGACGCGGACCAAAACUACGACUAUGCCAGCAACAGCGUCGUCCUCCACCUAGAGCCUGGGGAUGAGAUUUAUAUCAAGUUAGACGGAGGGAAGGCGCAUGGCGGCAACAACAACAAGUACAGCACCUUCUCCGGCUUUAUGCUGUACGCUGACUGAAACCCAGACUGGAGAAAUGGAUCCGGUUCUCUACAUAUAAGCUUUCUUUUACAGCUCCUGCUCAGUCCAUCCGGGAUAUUACAGACAGCAAAGAAAGAGCUCACCGUUUCUGUUGAACAUCAUUCCAAGAGAUUUGCAGGAAGUUGUGCAAAAAAACUCUACUUUGCAGCAGUGAGGAGCUGAGAGUGUAAUAACACAAAUUUUCAUUUUGUACAGCAAAGUCAGAUUGAUUUGUGUUGCUUGUGCGCUCUGAAUGAAUUGUUAUAGGCUUUACUAAUUAACUGUAGCUGCUGUGGUAAAUUGAAAGUGUCUACAUUUAGCACUUAAUCACAGGUGAUUAUAAUAUACCCACAUAACCACUACUCAGUUCAGUGUUUGUCAAAUUACGUGCUUUAUUUAUAUGAAAAAAGUGUCCAAGUUGUUGCAUUUUGGGCAAAAAUGUUAAAAAUCGUGAUGCAUGUUUAUAAGACGUUCACAUGUUAACACUGUGCAGCAUCUAGUGAUGCAAUGUUUAUGAAGCACAAGUAUAUUGGCAAAAUGAUCAGUGCAAGUCAUUUUUCAUGUGUGUGUCAACAUGGCAUCUGGUUUAACCAGCAGGUUAGUCACCAAAACUGGACAGCAAGACUGACAUAUCUUUUCUAAAACUCUGAAAUAUUCACCAAUCUGCUCACUGAACUUCAAGCUUUCCCUGAUCAAAAACACGAGUAAAAAUAUAAAAAUGAAA